CACACACACACACACACACUCACACAGAGACACACACACAGACACGGAAGAGAAGUGAGUGAAAGAGAGGCUGAGUUGAGGAACAGGACGGCGAGAAACACACAGCUGAACUUCUACAGUGCGGGAUCGUUGAAGAAAAGAGGCUAAAAGUGACAAAGCAAGAGGCCGGAAAGUGUUGGUGAAGAUGCCGCGGGUAGUCCCGGACCAGAGGAGCAAGUUUGAGAAUGAGGAGUUUUUCCGCAAGUUGAGCAGGGAGUGUGAGAUUAAAUAUACUGGGUUCAGAGACCGGCCCCAUGAGGAGAGACAAGCCCGCUUCCAGAACGCCUGCAGGGACGGACGGUCAGAAGUGGCCUUUGUAGCUACAGGUACCAACCUUUCUCUCCAGUUCUUUCCAGCCAACCUGCACGGAGAUCAGAGGCAGGUUCCUACAAGGGAGUACGUCGACUUUGAGAGAGAGACGGGAAAGGUCCAUUUAAAGGCUCCUAUGAUCUUGAACGGGGUGUGUGUGAUCUGGAGAGGCUGGAUCGACCUACAGAGGCUGGAUGGGAUGGGGUUCCUGGAGUAUGAUGAUGAGAGGGCCCAGCAUGAGGACGCUUUGGCCCAGGCAGCGUUCGAAGAGGCUCGACGCAGAACCAGAGACUUUGAAGACAGAGACCGAUCACACAGAGAGGAUCUAGAGUCCAGACGACAGCAGGACCCCAGCCCUGGCUCAAACAUGGCCAACGCUGACGUGGAACACAAGAUGCGCUGAGGAGUGGAGGACGAGUGCGGUGGCGGGAGGAAGAGGAGGAAACCAGGGCUGGCAGUCCUUUCACUUUCAAUACAAUCAGCUGAAAAAGAAAUGUCACUCGAAACUGCAAUUGUAGACCAAUUGUUCUCCAUUAUUUCCUCACAGGUUUGAUACGAUCAUUUUCACAUGCCAAACAUUUUUGAGAUAUUUGAAUGUAGAUUAAAAAAAUAAACUUCCUGAACUGAUUGAAUUGAAAGUGAAGUAAGCCCUAGAGCAGAAGGAUUUAAAAGAUUAAGGACACAACAGACCUGGGUAAAAAAAAAAAAAAAAGUAUAUUUAAAUGUGACACAUCCAGAGUUGAAGUUGUUUCUUGAGUCAAAUGAGUGUUUCAGAUAUCAUAAAGUAAAUAUCAAAUCAUGCAAAAGCUUUCAAGCAUCUCUGAAUAAAUAUUUUUUGUCCAGGUCUAUAAAGCAUUUGAUGGAUAGCUGUAGAUUCAAAUACCAUAAGUAUAUUUUCUAUUAAUACAAGAUGUUGAAAGUAGUAACCGAGGUAUGGAUGUCAUUAAGGGGAGUGGAGGAGAACAGACAGAAGCCAGAAGGAGCGGUGAAGAGAGAGAUUUGUUUGGCUCAGGGUCAUGGUCAGGGCUUAUUGGUCAGGAUUACCAUAAAAGAGGUGUUGACAGUUUGUGAAAAAGAAAAAAAAAUCUGUAUUGUUCAGUGAACAUGCCCAUUUGUGAACAUGCCCUUGUUAACCCUCACUAUACCUUGCUCACAUCCUGUAACCUGCUGUUUUCUGAGACCAAAGUUCACUUUGCUGGAAAGCGAGGGAGCGGGGAGGGAAUAAAAGAGAGAAAACUAAAAAAGUAGGCAGGAGGGAGGAGAGCAUCCAGAGAGAAUUUUGCCAGGUUGUAGGGUUAAGAAGCCUUUGCUGUACUAUAAUCUUUUAAAAACACCACAAUGGUGAGACGUCCAACAUCCAGUUUAUAUAGAUCAUAGAUCACAGGUAAUGUAGCAAAAGCCUCAAGGCAGGACAGACAAAAAAAAAAACAAACUCUGCUAUCUUUGGCUCUGGAAGCGAUCAGGGACAUGAUGGGGUGUUUUUGUGGGUGAGGGGAGGGGGGGAUUAAAACAGAUCAAUUCAGACGUCUUCCAAGGGGUUUUGCACUAUGUGAUACAAUCAGUCUUGCUGUCCAUGAAAUUUCUUUAUAUGCAUGAAACCAAACACAGGCCUACCUAUGUUCUUUGAUGUUCCCCAUGCAGCCUAUUUAUCGUGAGCUUUACAGCACUUGUAUGAGGAAUAACUGUGUGAUUCAAGGCUACGCCAUUGUGAAGCCAAAUUGAUAUCAACUUGUAAACAUUUUCACAACCUCCAUUUGUCUCUGUUUAACUUGAAAAACACAGCAGUCGAUUUUAAUUGAUUCAUUUAGUCAAUCACGCAGAUAUUCCUUAUCAUUAAAGGACUGUAAGGGGCCUAAAUGCAGAAUACUAUUCCCUGUCCUGUUACAGCACUAGUGUAAUGAAAAGUUUUGUUAUCUUAUCGUUUUGUUUGUGUGAAAGUCAUGAUGUUUACUUUUUAUAUUACUUCUCAUCUCUGUAUGUAUUCAUUUUUGUUCAUCUUUCAGCUUUGUUAUCAACUAGUUGUAGAAGUGGUAUUUCAUGUAAAGUUGAGUUGAAAAUUACAAAAUGCCUCCAGAAACUGGGAGUUUUGAGGACUUUUGUUGCUUUGGUUUUUUUGUUGUUUCAUGUUUUUUUUUUUUUUUAUUAAUGUUCCUUUUAUUCUUUAUUUUUUUAAAGAAAAUCCACUUCCUGGGUUAAAUACAUUGAAUGUGGAUUGACUCAAGCCCUGUCAUUAGGCGCCAUAAAUGUUUUUAUAUUGUAAGCUCAUUUCAUCUUCCAGUGUGUUUUUACAUUUAGUGCACUCAACGGUUUUAUUGUAAUUAUUAUAACCAAGAAAAUCUUUUGUUCAUGUUUUUAUUCCUUCUCAGUGUGACUUAUUAAGAAUUUAAUGAGCUUUACAUGAGCUAAGAAAACUGACUUGAACUAAGAAAACUACAUGAAAACUGACUGUUGUCCAUUGAUAGCCAUGGCUUUGUAAGAUUCUACAUGCAGUUUAAGAGUAAAGAAACAUUGUUGUGGCUAACAAUGAUGCUUGAAAUUAAAACUUUAAAAUUAAAUUCAAAGAACAAGAUAAGUUUGAUGACAGGACCCCAGGCUGACAGGUCACAGAGAGGUUAUAUAAAAGCCUUCAGGAAGCUAAAGAACUGGAAAGUUUUCUACAGCUUCUUUAACAUCUCCAACCAAAUCAUCAAGCACAGGGUACAACAACAACAAAACCAUGCAGGAUUUUCAUCCUAACAUUUGGAUACUACACAGGAGCAUUUAAUAGGGGUAACCUAAAGUCAGAAAUUAAACUUUCUCAUUGGCAGCAUCACUUAAUUUUUCCCACAGAGAUUUGGGAGACUGGAGAGAGCUUAAAUGUUCCCAUUUUUCUUCUGAGUAUCCUGAUCCUGCAAAGUCAGCUGGCCUUGUGACUUGAUGCUUAAUUAGUCCAAGAAUGUGAAAACGUACUUUCUGUCUGAGGGCACCUUCACUGUGAGAAGUGGUGGAUUUUUGUGGUCUGGGCUGUGUUUGCUAUUGUAUUGUUACGUUGAAAAGUCCAACAGAUGAGAUAGUAGUGAAGUUGCAUUAAAGACUUUGAAUGAGGUGGAUGGGUGGAAGGACAGAGGAAGGCAACAGAACAUUGGUUGUAUGUUCUGGGUCCAUAAAAUGGGUUAUGGCCAAAGAUGAGGUUCAGGUCAUGUUGGUGAAAGCUUUCAAACUUUAAAUGUGCAGUGGCUGGUUAUGAUUCUAUGAGGAUGCUGAUUCUUUAAUUGAGACAGUGUAAACGAUGGUGCAAACUACAUGUUCAGAUAUUGGUUUACGAGUAUGAAGAUCAGGGGAAACUGAUAGAGCACUGGGUAUGAACCAGUUCAAUGAGAGAUGAAAGUGGACAGUCAGAGCCAGGACGGAUUGGGAUGCUUUAGCCUGGGGUGUUCAGGUUUCUGUAUGUUUUAGGAUGUUUUAGUCAUGGAUUAAUAAAUCAUGUCUGCACCAUGGCAGGAUUAUGCUGCCACAAGUGUUAAUAGCUAUACAGCUCAGAUAAAUCUUAGUAAUAACACCACCCAUGAGUGGUCUCAUGAAAUCUGCCAUAUCUGUAGAAACUGUCACAACUCUUGGUCAUCCAAGAAAAUAUCAUCAUUAUGGGAUUAAACUUUGCUUAGAUUAAGAAACAUUACCGAGGGAGUGACUGUAAAAGUAAAAAAAAUUUUAGGUUGUAAGUAGGAAGUAACCACAGUGGGCCACCCUGUCCAUAUCAUUAUGCCAUAAUUUAGCUGAUACUCCAUCCCUCAAUCUUCUUAAUGCAGGCAUUAAGACAAAAAUAAACCACAAACUAUCUCUGUGUCAUCACAUUUUCUUUCUUUCUUUUUAUUUUUUUUUUGUUUAAGUUAUUUAAACUUUGGUUUUAUUUAGAGAUCCAAAGAAAAACUCUGAUAUUUAGUGGCUUGUACACACUCUCCAACUUUUCUCUUUCCUGUGCGUGUGUGUGGUCUGUCUUUCCAUCUGUUUUAGGGUUGAGCUUGUCCUCUCGGGGGAAUCUGAAAUAUGAGAUAUUCAAUCCCAAAUGUUGGAUGUUUUUCAUAAUAAACAUGUAAGAAUU